ACACAAAUGUGUAAACAAACAGUGCUUUCAAUGUUUGGCUUCUAAUGACUGACAGCUCAGUACACAUGCAGUCGUUGUCGACAAUGAUCUCAAAUACUGACCAUCACUUGAUUUGGUGACCAACCACUUGACUGGACAACCAAUCGACCGGAAACUCAAACAAGAUAUGACACACAAGAGACUACAAUCAACACUGCAUUUGCCGCACAUUUUGGACACUUUACAGACGACCGGCUCUUUGAGGCCAAGGAUGCGAUCGGGCAUAUGUUCGGCACUGAAUCGGGAGUACGUGUUAUGCGAUUUGUUGCCCAACGACUCGUAUAUGAAUCACAUAUUCAUCGGUUUCACCCAAAAUGGUCAACACUUCUUGAGUUACUCUAAGUCAGAUGAGACCAAUCAGAUUCAGUUACAUAUAUUUUUGUUUAACGGCGACCGACCGCUUUUACUGAUGGCCAGUCAUAUUAUAUAUACGGGUAAUCUCUAUCACUCGACCGACUUUUCCGACGCACGACUCUUUGAAGGCGUUUAUUGUUAUCAGUGGUUAUCGGAUGACAAUUAUCUGUUGACAAUUGUUGCGCCACAUUAUCCUAACUCCCGACUCAUUGAUGUUACGCUCAUCCGAAUUGAUUCGUUUGGCUCUUAUGUGGUCAGUCCCGGUUCGUUGACCUACAACUGUAAUGGUUUUGGACGAACUCCCGAUUUCUGUGAUGCAAAAAUAGAUAUCGAAGAACUCUUGUGUCCUAAAAUUAUCUUAAGUCAGCCAAAGGUGUGUUCAUUUAUUACCGACACUGAAAUCGUGUGUUUGGAGAUUAAAGAAGAGACAAACCAAAAGACUGGUCUUCUCGAUGCACGACUUGAGUCUAACGUAUUGGACGUCGAGAGAGAUAUCUUCGGUGAAGUAUUUAAUCAACACUAUAGUUGUUCCGACUUUUAUCAUUAUGUGACCGAAUAUGAACUGUUAGUCUACGAUAUAGUCCGCGACCCGAUCCAAGUGAAUGCCUUACUUGAGGUGUUGUUUCUAAAGAACGGCCAAAAACUGUUGCAUUCGUUUGCUAUCGAAUGGUGUCCGAAGACUAUGCAAUGGAAGACAAAUAUAUUUUCGCAAAACGAUGAACAAGAGGUUCAUCACUCGUAUUAUGCAUCACUUCUUAAGAUGAUUGGAUCCAAUCGACGUAACACGUGCUACACAAUCAACAACCUGUCGUUGGCUGAAAACCACAAGAGUCUGACACGACUCGACUCACCCGUCAAUGCCUUCUCUGUUAUUUUGCAUUGA